CAAUGCAACAACUCAACCAGAUGUGUAGGAAAAUACAAUUGAGUUUCACUUGAAAGUGCAUAUAUAGAAAAACAUACGGAAAAACAGUUAUCUUACGCCGUCGAAUAAAACUCAUAAAUACUUAGAAUAAUGGAAGAUAGUGGAAUUGAUAGUGGAGACGUGACUAACAAACACAACAGCAUUGAAUGCAUUGAAAGUGAUGACUCUACAAACAAUAAUUUAACCGUUGCAUUCAAAGAAAAACAUUCAAAAUCGAAUUCAAUCAACGACGAUCUGAACGUUAUUAUCAAAACAAAUUCAGGGACAACAGGGAAAAAUAAGAGUUCAUUGAAUUCGUCGUGUCGAACGCUGCAAAGAAAAUUGGAGUUGAAGGUAGAACGUGCGAAAAGGAAUUAUAGUCAGCUGCAUGAUUCGUAUUUCGAACCGAAGCCAAAUUCAUCAACACUUAUACCAAUCAAUCGUCUUCAAAUACCCGGAUGCCAAGAAAUCGUUCCGCUAGUGGAAUACAAAUCAGCCAACAGUGACGACGAUGACGAUGAAGACGAAAUUGCAUAUUUUCCGGUUAAAUCGAAACAUAACGUGAAACAUGACCUUAGUGAUACAUUUAGCCUACAAGAAAUGACAAUAAUGGGAACCGAAUCGGAUGACAGUGAAUCUCAGACAUUGGAAUUUUUAUCUCCCAGUGUCAGUCACACAAAUUUAGAUAAGUUUUUCGGUUGGAUAUGUUGUGCCAAUCGUUUUUGAAAGUGGUCACAACACAUUUUCGUUAAGUUGAAUUUAGUGUUGGACACUACGAAGAUUGGGAUUCGUACGAGCAAAUUUGGUUCGAAGUUAAUUUAUCGAUUGUAGACGAAUGGAUUGUUUGAAUAAAUCGGCGAACAGGAAGAUAUCCGAGUGUGUUUGUGCUGAGUUACUCUGAAACAUUUAGAAAACAGUAGAAACUGCGAGAUUCAAAUUCUGGCUAGCGUCCAAUUAUAGGACUUUUGUAGCAACAAU